CAUCUUUUCUUCAGCUUCCCCAAAUCAGGUGCUCUCCCGCAAAGCCAAGAGGUUCUUCAUUCAGCCAGAUCUUUUUCCGCUGUCAUGUCGUCCACGGAACGCAACUGCCGCCCGCUGCAGAGCUGAAUUGGGGUCUAUGUCUCUGAAAAUAUCCCAAUACUCUAGAUGAUGUUCCCUUGCAUAACCUGGGCAUUCUUAUCAUUGACAUUUAUGCUAGUCCACCCCCAAGUGUAGCUCACGCGAAUGUUCAAGUGAACAUGUCUUUCUUCUAUCGUCUGUUUGGCCCAAGAUGAGGGCAUCUAUUCUCUUAGUUCAUACUCUUGCUGUGCUUGCCCAAGCUCAACCACCCAGAGCUCAGCUCACCCUUGAACCAGAACCUCCAAGUUGCCCCGAUUACUCUGGCUAUUCCUCCACCCAUCAUGAACCAAAGUCAACAGGUCGUUACAAGCUCUCUUAUCAAAGACCACGCCCAUCAUGUCGAACAUUUACCCUCCCAGAGGUGGAAGAUACCAUCAUCUCCAUGAAACAAGUCAUCAAAGACCCAGACUUGUUCCGUCUGUUUGAGAAUUGCUUCCCCAACACCCUCGACACAGCCAUAACCUGGAAGGGACUCAGCUGGAGGAAUGCCUCCAGCUAUCUCCCCACAGACAUCAACAGCCCAGACCCAACCCCCAAGCCGACAGGAAACAACGACCCAGAAGAAGAACUCACCUUCAUAACCACUGGCGACAUCCCCGCCAUGUGGCUCCGCGACUCAGCCCACCAACUAACCUCCUAUUCCCCCCUCCUCACCCCCUCCAACUCCACCUCCUCCCUCGCCUCCCUCUACCGCGGCCUCAUCAACCUCCAGGCCCGCUACAUCCUCACAGCCCCCCACUGCAACGCCUUCCUCGCCCCCCCAGAAUCCCUCAUCCCCCCUCCCCAGUCAGACGACUCCCCAACCGAUCACAUCUACCCACCCCUCCCCUCCUCACCAGGCUCCCCCAAAACCGUCCACGAAUGUAAAUACGAACUCGACUCCCUAGCCUCCUUCCUCUCCCUCAUCCACACCUACCUCACCCAAACCUCCGACACCCCCUUCCUCACCACCUCCCUCAACCUCCUCCCCGCCCUCAAGAGAAUCCUCUCGAUCACCACCGACCUCCAAACCGGAACUUACUCCCGCACCGGCACGGUGUCCUACGCCCCCUACCAAUUCCAACGCCUAACCACAACCUCAACCGAAACCCUCCCCAACGCCGGCUCCGGUCCGCCUUUUCACUCUGGUACCAACCUAGUCAGGAGUGCCUUCCGCCCUAGCGAUGACGCGUGUACCUACCAGGGUUUCAUCCCCGGAAACAUGAUGUUCUCCUCCUACCUCUCCCUCCUAUCCCCAUACAUCUCCCCCAUCUCCCCCUCAACAUCCAAAAAAAUAUCCAAGUUGGCAGCGGAGAUCAGAGCCGGGAUAGAGGAUCACGGGAGAAUAGAUCACAGACUGUACGGCAGGAUCUACGCCUACGAAGUCGACGGCUAUGGCUCCCACAGCCUGAUGGACGACGCCAACAUCCCCAGUUUACUCUCCGCCCCUUUGCUAGGCGGCUACCUCGACCGAAGAGACGAGACGUACCAGCGGACUAGGAGGUUUGCGCUGAGUCAGAUGAACCCUUACUACAUGUUUGGGCCGGUUUUGAAUGCAACGGGAGGGCCACAUAUCGGUCCCGGGAUGGCAUGGCCCAUGGGUCUCAUCGUCCAGGCUCUCACCAGUGAUGACGACGACGAGAUUUACAGCUGUAUCAAACAGCUCCUGUCGUCGACAGACGGGUUGGGUCUCAUGCACGAGAGCGUCAACACUCACAGCGUCAGCGUCUGGACUCGUCACUGGUUCUCCUGGGCGAAUGGGCUGUUUGGUCAGUUGAUUCUUGAUGUCAACAAACGGAAGCCGCAUUUGCUAGCGAGGAGUUAUCAAUAACUUGUACAUAUUUAGAGAGAACCUACACGAAGCCCCCUAUUUAUCUUACCAACCCCCCCCAACCCUCCACUUAAAAUAGGAUUUAACUAUAUUGCAAAGCAUGAAUAUUUAGAGUUGAAAGGUAUAUAAUAGGCUCCAAAAGAUAGUUAAAAGACGAUAAAAGAUGGUUAUGAGGCUUUAAAAGAUAGUUAAAGGGCUUAAAAGAUAAUUGAAAGGCUCUAAAAGAUAGUUUGAAGGCUAUUAAAAAUAAUUUAAAGGCCC